CCCCUGUACACGCUGCACGUCAGGACAGUCUAGGUGUUGCUGCCACACUGGAGGCCGCUGCAGCUAAACUUACUCACAUUGGCAAACAGGCUGUGUAGUCGACCACCGAUAGUCGGCUGAGGACACUAAGAGCCACACAAGCAACCUGUCCGGAGGCUCGCUGACUGGCUCACAAAUUACACAUUGGCUUGCUGGGACAGCUUUUUAGCAAUUGGAUCCUAUGGCUGAGAGUGAAGAGAUCUUUCUCAGGGCUAAACAUCGGACUUUCAGCGGACUGACUGAAGAUGCAGAGCGUGAGUGGACGGGACCAUUUUUCUUCAUUCAAGCUGCUGACCCCCAGCUAGGGCUUAUGAAGGCCUGGAGGGACGGCGAUUGUGAUGGUGGAGGGGAGGAAUGGGCCGAGGAGGUAGAGCUCACCAAGCAGACUGUGGAGGCUGUAAACAAGCUCAGACCAAGGCCAAGAUUCAUGGUGCUGUGUGGGGACCUGGUCCAUGCCAUGCCAGACACCCCGUUCAGAGAAGGUCAGGAACGAGACCUGAAGGCGGCCUUGAAGGGGACAGAUCCCUCCAUCCCGCUGGUAUUUGUCAGUGGCAACCAUGACCUGGGCAAUGCCCCCACCCCCAGGACAGUGGAGCAGUACUGCAGCGCUUGGGGGAAUGACUAUUUCAGCUUCUGGGUGGGUGGAGUCCUCUGCCUGGUUCUGAACUCCCAGUUGUUCUAUGACGCCUCGGCCUGCCCUCAGCUGAAGGAGGCCCAGGAGACGUGGCUGGAGGAGCAGUUGAAAAGAGCCUCCUCCUUAACGGAGCCCAAGCCCAAGCACAUCUUGGUGUUCCAGCACAUUCCUCUGUACCUAAAGAGCCCAGAUGAGGAGGAUGACUACUUCAACCUGCAGAGGACAGUCAGACAAAACCUGUUGGACAGGUUCAAGAGGGCAGGAGUGAAAGCAGUCUUCUCUGGCCAUUAUCACCGAAACGCCGGCGGUUGCCACGACGGCCUGGACAUGGUCGUGAGCUCGGCCAUCGGCUGCCAGCUCGGCGAGGACACCCAUGGCGUCAGGGUGGUCAUAGUGACUGCCGAUGAUGUCGUCCAUCGCUACCACAGCCUGGAGCGUCUAAGAGCGGGAGGCAUGGAUGAAGAUCUCAGGAAGCUCCUGCAGAUCUGAACACUAAAGGAUGGAAAAUCAGGGAAUACUUGGCUUGUCAAUAACAACAAGCUGGGUUUUGUUUUGUUUUUUUCUAAUUAUUUUGUUUGAACCCCAGUUCUCAGACACAAUACGGUUUUUAGAAACUGGGCCAUUGGUCAACUUGUGUGCCAGUAUAUACGAUGAUGACAUAUUAAAAUCACUCAUAUAUUCCCAGUGUUCCCAGUGAAUCAUUUGCUCCAAUAUCAUAAGUAAAAACUUUAUGCUUAACCUUAUGAUCCACCAGGGACACAGUCUCAUCAAUAAUUUGAAGUCAGUGGCCCAAUCUCCAAAGGUUCUCCGUAUGUGAAAGAAAAUAAUUGAAACAUUUUUACUGAGGUACGAAUUGUAUGUUUGACCAUAAAAAAAAGAAAUGUAAAUGUAAAAAUGAGUUUAUUUUCUCUAUAUGCUGAAUGUUUUCCUCGAAACAUCUGUUUUCAGAACUGAUGUUAUCAUCUCUGUCCCUGCUGUCCUAAAAGGGGCCACUCAAAGAUCAUUGAAUGUGUUCUAAAAGUAGCAGUUCUUUAGUGGAGAAGUACAGCCUUCCCACCCAGUCCUACUGUAUCAGAAGAAGCCUGACACCCACUCUGUGCAGUGGGAAUGUUAACAGUUUAAGACAAUAGGCUAUGGUAAAAUCAGACGUAGUCAUUAUAACUUUAAAUGUAUCCAGACGUUAAAUGAAAGUUCCCCCUUAAACACUGAGGCGUCAUUCAAAAGAGCUAAUGAAAGAGGUCUCUGUUUUUACGCGUUCUGGUAAGAGGAAGUCAUCAUGAAAGGAAGAGGAAGGUGCUAAAUUCACUUUGCAAAUUUUAUUAGAACAUCAUAGGAGGGGUAGGAAAACUAAAGAGAGACAAAGUGUGGUCAGUGAAAAGAUCCAUUUUAGUUCUUCAUCAAAAAUGACCCCUGGACUGCAUUGAAUUGUGCAGAUUGAUUUUGUGAAACAGCAAGAGUAUUGAAGGGUGGAAUUUUCCUUUAGUGAUACUAAAAUAUCCAGCUGUUGUUGCUAUUUAUGUUUCUGUUAAACGCCUUGUUGGCCAACCUAUGCACUCGACAUACUAUGUGUUGUUCAUAUUGGUACGUUGUUGAACUGACAAAGACGUGGAGCUGACUGCUGACCUCUGAUCAGAUUUUGAGCUGUGUGUGUAGCUUGUCACACUGCCUCUUAAAGGCAAAAGAUGACUGUUCUGAUUUUUAUUUCUUUUUGAACUAUCCAGCCAGGAUGGACUGCUUUACAUAGUCUUUGAAUGUAUGCUGACCUGAGAGAUUAUUCUUUAUCUUAAUCUUGUUUUUUGACUGAUUUUAAAGCUCUAAACCUUAAAUGCGUGUAAUUUCUGCUACGAGGGGCCUCUCAGUCAAAACAUUGAAGACAAAAGACAUCUAUCUGACAUGACUCAGGCAGAAUCGUCCUCAGAAGCAGUGAUGUUUUAUUCAUGUUACCUGUUCUGAUAUUAAUUAUAUAAUGUGGAUCACCUGUGUGUGUGUGUGUGUGUGUGUAUGUAUGUGAAGGGAAUUUGAAGCCAGGGCUGUAAUGGCGGACCCUGCCGCUAGCAAAACAGUUAUAAUAAAGAGGUGAUUACAUAUUGUAAACUCAUUGAAGGGCUAUGGUGGAACAAAUUGAAGGUGGACUUCGAUGUCAUAAAAAUCUGAAGGAUUAUAACUUUUAUGUCUUUCUUUUUGUUGAGCAGUAUUGCAGACCUGAUUUGUGCCCAAAUCCAUUUCUCUUGCAUUACUCCAGCACAGAUAAAUUACUGAGAAGUGCGUGUUGCAGUAUCCAUUUGAUUUUUCCUAGUUACUUGUUUAUGAAAGUGCAGAUCAAACUGACUGAUUUUUCUCCACAGUGAUUUUUCUGUGAUGAAAAUAUUUCAUCAUCAGAUGAGAGCAUAAAUCAAAAUUAAUGAUGCAGACACAUUUAAAUCACACCUACUCAAUUUCGUCUGUUUGGGAUACUUGCUGUGAACCCUGCACGCACAGAAGCACGCAUUGCUUAAAAUGUAUAAAGUGUGAUUGUGAUGUUAAAUGAUAAAGGACUGGUGUCAGGCUGAUGUGAUCUGGCGGUGAUAAAUGGGAUGAGUGCAGUAUUUCCUGACUGUUAGUUGAAACAAGCUUGCAGUGACACAGCUUUACUACCAGCAGGCUUAUUUGGAUGCUCACAGUCCUGAAAUUGUCUUUAAAAUGGACAUUACUGCAAUAAAAUUACUUCCUCUGUGAGCCAUAAAUGACUCGGCUCAAUUACACUUUCCAUACACACACACAGAGGCUCUCACACUCACCCUGACCGACUGGGAAUUUAAGAGAGUUGUCAUGGCAACCCUUUAGCAACACAUCUGUGUGUUUCUGAGAGAGACUGCGAGUGUUGGAGAGAACGUGUACGUGCUCCCCGUGUGUGUGUGUGUGUGUGUGUGUGUGUGUCCGUGGUCUGGUGGGGACUGUAGGUGAUUUUCCAUCAGCGACGCGAUCACUGACCUCAUUUCACACUGACGGAUUCUGACUUUUUUCCAAAAAGUCAGCAUGUGAUGUAGGGAGGAGGGGGUGUCUGAGAGGAAUGGAUAAUGAGUGUGAUGUGUGAAAGACGACUCAGUCCAUCUCCUUCAUUUCCUGUUUGAGAAGGAACCUUAUGUCCUUAUCUAUUUUUAUAUCCUCAUGGUGGCCGGGCUCAGUCUCAUUGUUCUUUAUCUUUUUUCCAUGUAUGUGUGUGUGUGUGUGUGUGUGAAUUUGUUUUAGAGCACAUUCACUCUAUGAAUGGGGGGACAUCACACACUUUAACUUGUUCCUGUGUUGAAUUCUCAUGAAUGACCAUACUGAACACCCAGACUGUGACGUGAUUGUUGUAUUUUUUUUAAUAAAUGUUGAUUUUUAUCUGA